GGUGCCAAAAAGCUGGGACGGAGGAACGUGGGUGUAAAUAGACAGUAAACGCUAUUGCUCUCUCACUCUUCCUCUCUCUCUCUCUCUCUUUCUCUCUCUCCCUCCCUCCCCUUCUCCUUUCCUCUCUUUCUUUCUCUCUUUUAUGAAAUCAAUGAACGAGUUAUUGGGUAGGACAUAAAUAUAAGGAAUCAAAGCCUCUAUCGGGACCAACUGGGCACUGCGCGCUUUUUUGAUGAGUCUUCGCUACACGCUACAUGUGUUUUCCAAUCAUUGUAAAUACUGGCUUUGAUAGGACGGGAGCGGACACUCUCUGGCAAGGCUUGGUCUCGGAAUAAAAAUUUUCUCAUUUCUUUUUAUUUUUUUAUUUUUCCUCUUCUUUAAAAACGACUCUCCGUCCGUCGCCGUCUGCCGCCGUUGUCCUGUGUCCAUCCCCAACUCUCACCGCGGCAGGUCCGAAGAUGGCAACUUUAACCAACGGGCAGGUAGACGGCGCGGUGCACGGUGUCGGCGUCGUAUCCGCCAACACGAACGGGCUCGUGAACGGAUUAAGCCACAGCCCGGCGGGAUGCCCGGCCACCAUACCCAUGAAGGACCACGAUGCCAUCAAACUCUUCAUCGGCCAGAUCCCCCGCAACCUGGACGAGAAGGACCUCCGGCCCCUCUUCGAGGAGUUCGGCAAGAUCUACGAGCUCACUGUGUUGAAGGACCGCUUCACGGGCAUGCACAAAGGCUGUGCCUUCCUCACCUACUGUGCCAGAGAGUCAGCCCUGAAAGCCCAGAAUGCAUUGCACGAGCAGAAGACCCUGCCAGGAAUGAACAGACCAAUCCAGGUGAAGCCAGCAGACAGUGAGAGUCGAGGAGAAGACAGAAAGCUCUUUGUGGGCAUGCUUAACAAGCAGCAGUCAGAAGAUGACGUGCGGCGCCUGUUUGAGUCAUUUGGCAGCAUCGAGGAGUGCACCAUCCUCAGAGGUCCUGAUGGAAACAGCAAAGGUUGUGCGUUUGUAAAAUACUCGUCUCAUGCUGAAGCUCAGACAGCCAUCGGUGCACUUCACGGCAGCCAGACAAUGCCUGGUGCCUCGUCCAGUCUGGUGGUAAAGUUCGCUGACACGGAUAAGGAGCGCACCAUCCGCCGCAUGCAGCAGAUGGCUGGUCAGAUGGGCAUCUUCAACCCCAUGGCCCUGCAGUUUGGAGCCUAUGGAGCCUAUGCUCAGGUGCAGCAGCAGGCAGCGUUGAUGGCGUCUGUAGGACAGGGGGGCUACCUUAGUCCUAUGGCAGCCUUCGCAGCAGCCCAGAUGCAGCACAUGGCCACCAUCAAUGGCCUCCCUGGAGCACCGCUGACCCCCACGUCAGGUGGCAGCACUCCCCCGGGCAUCAGCGCCCCCACAGUGACCAGCAUCCCCUCCCCAAUCAGCGUCAAUGGUUUUACUGGCAUGCCACCACCCCAGGCAAAUGGGCAGCCACCAGCAGAAGCUGUCUUCACCAACGGGAUUCACCAUUACCCCGUGUUGCAGGAGGUGGUUUUUAGGGAGGACUCAGAAAAAAACAGCUUGGGCGUGGCCCCACGGAGUUGUUUUGGGGUUCAGGGUGGCUGCUUCCUCUCCUCUCUCUCUGAAGCAGCUCAAAGUCCCACUGCAGCCGAUCCUCUCCAGCAGGCUUACACAGGAGUCCAGCAGUAUGCAGCAGCCUACCCCGCCGCAUACGGUCAGAUCAGCCAAGCCUUCCCCCACCCUCCACCCAUCAUUCCACAGCAGCAACGAGAAGGACCAGAGGGUUGCAACCUGUUCAUCUACCACCUCCCUCAAGAGUUUGGGGAUGGAGAGCUGAUGCAGAUGUUCCUGCCUUUCGGUAAUGUCAUCUCCUCCAAAGUGUUUGUGGAUCGGGCGACAAACCAAAGUAAAUGCUUUGGGUUUGUGAGCUUCGACAACCCAGGUAGUGCCCAAGCUGCCAUCCAAUCCAUGAACGGCUUCCAGAUUGGCAUGAAGAGACUGAAGGUCCAGCUCAAGAGGCCAAAGGACGCCAACCGCCCCUACUAGCCCUCCUCCCCUGCCCCAGCCGGCCACCGCCACUGUGGCAGGCGGGGCAGCCGCUGUCAAGAGGAAAAGACAGGAUUUGUUGACCUGAAUAACAUGUUGACCACUUGCUACCCUCCGCUGAGUUCAAACUCAGCUUCUGGAUCACAAAGGCUGCUUCAGAAAAAGAGAGAAGAGAGAGCGAAUAUUGACCAGGUCCAGGACACCUCCCUUUGGAUGUACUAAAACAUUUGAACUCAGAGAGCAUUUCUGGUUAGCCCUGGGUACUCUUUUCCUCCUGCACACAUAUAUACUCCUCCUCUACCUAAAAACCCUGCUUGGAUGACAGCUACCUUUUCUGGGCCACAAACACUUUUACUUGAACGCUGAGAGAGAAAAAAGUAAAAGAUUCUACAUCAAACCUACUGAUAAUGACCAAUUCCACUAAACUGAAAGGAAAUAUGGACGUCAAAAGUCCAACAGGAAUUAAAAAAAAAAAUUUGAAUAGUGGAUUGCCGUAGGAGAUCCUUCUGAGAGAUGGUUUGGGUUUUUUCAACAACUGACUUUUGAUGAUCAAUUUCUAAGACUUCAAACAACUAGCUGCAAAUUGUGAGAAAGAGAGAACUGAAGUAGGGAUUGUGACAUUUUCAGGACACAGAUUUGGGAUGGCCAUCUUCAGCUCGGAGUGCCUGUCUGUUUCCAGGGAACACCAUUGCCGAGGAGAGCCACAGCAACGGAUUCCAGGGAGUCUUAUCCGUCAUUCCUUAGUUGUUUUAGGGACCAAAAGACCAAACGUUUUUAUUGCUGAGGACUUGUAGCUCUAAAAUACUUGGACCACUGCAUCUCUUUCAGUCAGCGUCGCCUGCCUGGAGAGUUGCUCUUAAAACAAGUGUACAUUUCGAAUAUAGACAAAACCUGUAUAUAUACAUAAAUAUUGCUGAUAUGCUUUUUUGAAUACAGGCAUAACUAUUUCAGAUGACCAAAAGGGGUCUCUCACUUCGCUAGUUUACAAUUACGCAAAAUAUUUAUUUUUGUUCCCCUUUUCAUUUUUGUCUCGGGAGGGAUGGCGAAUGCAUGGGAGGGGCUGCUCCGUGUCACAGCCUUAUCUUUUUUAAAUCGACAUCCUAACCUCAAAGAUAAAAUAACAUCCGAAACGUUUGAAAUAUAUGAACUUGUUUAUAUUUGCAGUACAUAUAUAUGUAUAACAAGCAUUCAAGCAAAUGUAUUCAUAUAUACAGUAUAUAUGGAUAAUAGAUAUUAAUCACAAAUAUAUGUAUUUAUAUGCACAUAUUUUAUAUAUGUGUGACUGUACAUAGAGCGGCUACUGACUAUGUUGAGCUGUAAUUUUUUUUGUAGAUUUUAGCAGGAGUUUGAAGCAUUGCUCUGCUUGGGAAGAACCACACAUCUGGCAGCUCCCCAAAACUGCAGGCAUUCCUAUCUCUGAUAACCUAUAUGCUGACACACAACAUGUUACUAAAAAAAAAAAAAAAAAAGAUCAGCGCCUGUGAGAAAACAUAUUUUCUGUAAAUAUUAUCUGAAAAAUGCAAAAAGCCACCUCUCAGUAGCAGGCUUUUAGAGAAUCAGGCUAAAGAGGAUUUUCUUUAGAAGAAAAGGACAAUUAUCUUCGACUCUAUUCCAAAACAUAUCAUGUGAGCUCACACACACGCACACAUACACACACAUAUACACAAACUUCUCUUUGAAACUUGAACCAAAAUCAAUACAUCUCAAAACCUUGGCUCUCUUUUGCAUACAGUAAAGUGCAUGUAGCGUAUGGGCUGUCACCAUGUCGAGGUGUGCCUUGUCACCUGAGAAUCUGCCAUCCAGCACUGUGCUCUGACAAAAAAACAAAAAAAACAAAAAGCAAAACAAAGACACACUAAGAACCUGAACACACAUUUCUGCAAGCAGCCAAUGCGCUAUUAUGAUGUCAAAAAUCCCAGGCAGAUCCAUAUCAUUUCUCAGCCAUGUAGAGAGCUUUAGUGCAUGUCAAGCAGAGCAAAUUGUCCGAUCACUGUUGGGUACACCUUUGUCUUUGGGGGAAAAAAAAAAACAAAAAAACAGAAACAUGCAUUUAGAGCUAAAGUAGACACGUGAUUACUCUUUACAAAACAUGGGCAUUAGGUGACCUGUUGGCAGAGGUAUUAACUAUCAAAGCAGUGUGCAGGGAUCCUGUAACUACCUUCCUCUGGUUGAAGCUGAAAAAAAUAACAGGCAUGGCUGAAUGAGGGAAUUGACUGAGCAGUACUUACAGCUAUGACGUUAUUGUAAUGUUGAUCAAGAUGUUGGAAAUCUACUUAUACAUAGCAUUUAGCAGUUUAUGAGCAAAUCUCUGCUGGUUACAUGAAGCAUUUACUUUAAACUAUGUCAAAUUGCCUUAUGACAUGUUCCCAUCCAAUUAAAUAUAAAUACUGCACCAGAACAUGAUUCUAGAUAAUCCUGGGAAAGAUGUGUACAAAAAGCCUCAAAAUGCAUUGUUGUAAUGGAGGCAUUGUGACCCCUAAGAUACCACUCUUCACUGCAGUUGUCUAACAGUAAGCCUUGGAGACUUUUUUUUUUUUACCUCCGUCAACACCCUCCUCACUGUGCAUGUUGGCAAGAUCCAGGUGCAUCUCAGCAGAUUACAAUAUCUUUGAAAAGUUCAUUUCAUUUUUUACAAUAUUCGGUUCAAAAAGUACACCUUGUAGAUUUUAUAAACACAGAAUGACAUUUCAAGCGUCAAUUUUUGUUAAUUUUGUUAAAUAUGUUUUACAGCUACUGAAAACCACUACAUUUACUUUUAAAACAGAAAUGUUGUUCAUGUUAGGGCUGACAGCCUUAUUGUUAGGUUUAUGAUUGUAUAAAAACACACAUGUAGCUAAAAAUUUUGAAUACAAUUACAAAACAGAGUAAAACCCUUAAUACGACAAACAAUACAAAACAAAACAAUAAAAUGCAAUACCAUCAAUUUGAAUAAAAAAAUAGAAAAAAAGAAAGUUUAGUGGAAGGAAUAAAUGAGGGAGCUACAUAUGUAUAACUAUAUGAGUUUUUGAAAUUAAUUAAUGAAACAUAAUAACUUUUAAAUUAUAUUUCUAAUUUAAUGAGAUGCACCUGUAAACUUGGAUUUUCCUUCAGCCUUGUAAAGCAUAGUUCCAGUAGUUGUUUUAAACUUCUAAUUACUGUUCCAGAAAAUAUGUGCAUGAGCAAGUUUAGGUGAGUAUUUUCUUUUCUUUUGGGGCCAUUUUCCCCAAGUAUAUGGAUAAUCAGAAAUCUGUCUUACUUGAAAGGCAUGUUUUCUUUUGUCUUAAAGGAAUGUGAGAAAUGAGCUAUUUCACAUUUUUUCUAACCCCAAGGAAACAGGAAGUCAUGGAGUACCAAUUAAAAGUCCUAAGUUAAAAGUAAAAAAACAAAAAACAAUGAGGUUUCACUUACAUUUAUUUGUACAAGAACUAUUAGGGGUGUAAGUAAUUUUGUCACUUAAUUUUUAAUCGGAUUUGCAGUCACAGAUUAUGGUACUGCAAUAAAAGAUGAAUGCAUUUUUUUUGCUUUUUACACAUCUUUACCAGGGGUUGCAGUCAGGUAUGGAGGGCCAGCGCUGGUCUGAUAAGGCUAUACUGAAACUGCAAAAUGAAGGAACACCCUUUUACUCAAUGCAACUGCUAUUUCAAUGAGGCUGACUUCAUGGUUCUUCAGCAUGAAGUUUCCUGUAGCAUUCUACAUAAAUAUGCUGUAAACUCCUACUUUACACUUCUAAAAGGUCAACAGACGUGGAUUUAUUGGACUCCCCUCAAUACAUAUUGAGCUGGUGGAGAAUACUUAAUGAAUAUUUAUAGAUAUGCAUAUUUAUAAGGCUAUAUGACACUUUGGGAAGACAAUGCUUCCCGUUAUGUGCCGUUACCAGUUUUGCUAUAAACUGCUCAUUACGCCGGUUCCCCGGUGUCUGCGUCUAACCUUUUUUAGCUGUUUGAAUAAUUUAACAUUUAUCUUCCAAAUCCAGCAAGGGUUUAAAAAAAAACCCGCACUACACAUCCCGGGUUGUUUCUCUCUUCUUGUUGUUUUUUUUUUUUUUGUGCGGCACUUAAUUUACUAAACCCGUCAUUCAUUGUAACCCAGAUGAUCAACACGAUUGGGUGCAUUGGAACAAACUGUCUCUAUUUAACAAUAACAUCAAGAAAAAUGUGGCUUAGCUUUUCUCGCUGAUCGCCACGCCGUCUGUCCCUUUUUGGCUGCCCCACUGUUGCACUGAGAAACUUUAUAAAAAACAGAGAGAAGUGUACACAGAGCUUGUCUGAGCAAUCCAUGUCUUUUACCCACGUUGUCAUGUUGAGGGACGUAAGGACAGGUAAAGCAAUCACAUGAAGUAUUACUCACCUUCAUUUGCUCUGAGUCAAAGCUGCAAGUUUACAGGUUGGAAAAAAGAUACAACAAACUGGUUCAACAACAACAAACAGAGCAGAAGUUUGAAUAUAAAUAUAUAUAAAUAUAUACAUAAACUGAUGAAUAUACUGUAAAUUAUUUCCUUUUUUGCUCUGUUUUCCUUUGUACAUAGGUUUGCAUAUUUUAUAGGACUUUUACUUCUAUCUACAAGGACUGGAUAAAGUACUUUAAAUACUUUAAAUAAAUAUAUAUAUAUAAAUAUAAAUAUAUGAAUGAAAACACGAAAAUGCUCAUUAAAACCAGGUACAAUAAAAAGGAAAAAAAAAACAGGCGCUAGGUUACGGUGAUAACUGUAGGACUUGACCAAGGCAUUUAUCCAGAAUACAGUCAGGGAGAGCAUUGACCUCAGUUAGAGCUUAGACACACAUUGACCUAUUUUAUAAAAAACGUUUAAAAAACAUCAAUGGGUUCUAUUCAUUUAUUUCUUUAGAUAUUUGUUAAGAAGUCAUGUCUGAGAUAUGCAUGCUUUCACAGCAUUAUUUUUCUAUGAGUUGGUACGUGACCAAAUCUUUUUGUAUAUGACAUGCACGGGCCACUGUCGUGGUCCACAGAUGAUCUUUGUUCCUGCCUGAGGGACCAAGCCUUCAGCAACUUCUUUGGUGACGAAGAAGAAACACUGAACAAACAAAAAAAGCUCCUAUUGACCAAGUGAUGUCAGAGACAGAUUUUAUUCAUUUAUCUAUUUAUUUAAUUUAUUGUGUUUAUUUAUUUGCGCUGUUUGAUUCAAGAUCCGAGCUCUGCUGUUGCCUCUAAUCCUUGAAAGCGCUAAUUUGCAUCCCUCUGAAUUUAACUUCUUCAAAGACUAAUUUUUUUUUUCCCUGUCACUAAUGAACUCUCAACAAUGCAGUACUGCGCUAAAGCCUUAUACAUACUGUAACUAUAGAUUCAUGCUGUUCUAAAAAUCCCUUUAGUUAAGAUUAAUAAAAAGAAAAUGGUACUUACAAUUUCCUUCCACUGUAAAAGCUUUAAUCAUGUGGCAAAAGAAGCCCUUUCUUUUCAAACUAGUUACCUGCUUGGAUAUUUGAUCAAAGAAAGAACAUUUAUUUGGUGCCAAUACAUUUUGAAAUCAGAAAGACUGGUUCCUUGUUUGUCAUUGAUUACAUGCAUUCAUUUUCCAUGGUCUUGAAAACUUUCAGAGCUCUGAUCUUGUUCAACCCAUGUUUUCUGCCAAAAACAAAAUUUAAUGACUGCACUAUUUCAUCAUAAAAGAGAGGAAAAAUCCAGGUUUCUUUUAUUUUCUUCUGUGCUAUUAUCAGUGUGAUCUUAUUUCUAAGGCUCAGUAGUGUUGCUAGAAUCACAUUUUACAUCAUGUGGUUUUAAAGUGUUCUGGAAAUCUACUGUAUUUCCCAAAUUUCAGCACAGAUGGAGGGCUGGAGAAAUGAAUGUUGCAUAUUAAAGCUUUGCCAGGUUCUUAAUGAGCUGAGCUUCUGAUUGGGCCGUGCGCUUUAGGCUCCUGCCCCUCCCCCUGUCUACCCAGACUGCACCAUUCUCUGGUCCCCUGGACUCUUCUUUUUGUAAUUUUAAAUGAAUGAUGCGUCUCAGCUUAGCCCAAUAAUAAAGCACAGUCUAGAAUAACA